CGCUGCUCAGAGCGGCUUUUUCUUCUCUUCUCUUCAGUUCCGCGUUUGCUUCGGUGCAGGACCUCGAUGACACGUUUAAAGUCACCAGGAUGGAGGACGUUUGGCUGGUGGAUUUCUACGCUCCGUGGUGUGGAUACUGUAAGAAGCUGGAGCCGGUCUGGCAGGAGGUGGGAGCGGAGCUGAGCCGCUCGGGGUCACCGGUCCGAGUCGGAAAGAUGGACGCCACGGCAUACUCGGGAGUGGCGUCGGACUUCGGCGUGCGAGGAUAUCCCACCAUUAAACUGCUGAAGGGGGAGCUGGCGUAUAAUUACAAGGGACCAAGAACCAAAGAUGACAUUAUUGAGUUUGCCAACAGAGUGGCUGGGCCAGCCGUGCGGUCGCUGCCCAGCAGACAGAUGUUCGAGCACGUCUUGAAGAGGCACAGUGUGUUGUUUCUUUAUGUCGGAGACGAGUCUCCUCUGAAAGAGAAGUACACCGAGGUGGCGUCGGAGCUCAUUGUGUACACAUAUUUCUUCUCUGCGUCUGAAGAUGUCUUACCAGAGUCUGUGGCUUUGCAUGAAUUGCCUUCAGUGAUCGUCUUCAAAGAUGGAAGCUAUUUCACAUACGAUGAGUAUGAAGACGGCAGCUUGUCGUUCUGGGUGAACCGAGAGCGAUUCCAGAGUUACCUGCCCAUCGAUGGCUUCACGCUCUAUGAGCUGGGAGACACAGGUAAACUUGUGGCAAUCGCCGUCACUGAUGAGAAAGAUCCGACUGAGCGAAGCGGCAGGUUGAAAGGUCUGAUCCAGAGAGUUGCUGCUGAACACAGAGAUCAGUUCAACAGGGAUUUCCAGUUUGGCCACAUGGACGGGAACGACUAUAUCAACAGUCUGAUAAUGGGCGAGGUGUCUGUGCCCAGCAUCAUCAUCCUCAACACCUCAAACGAGCAGUACUUCCUGCCGGCGGAGCCUGUGGAGGAUCUGGAGCAGCUGCUGCGCUUCUUCAGCAGCGUUCUGGACGGCAGCGCUCCGGCGUUCGGAGGAGACGGGAUCUUCCGGAGGAUCAAGCGCGUGCUGUACGAUGCCAGAGCCACUGUAAUGUCAGUGUUCCGCAGCUCUCCGCUGCUCGGCUGUUUUCUCUUCGGUCUGCCGCUAGGCGUCAUCAGUCUCAUGUGCUACGGCAUCUGCACGGCUGAGUCUGACGAUGACACGGAGCUGAUGAAGAGUGAUGAGGAAGAGGAGGGUGAGGAGGAAGAGCAGCCGCAGCUCACGGCCGGAGCAGAGGGAGAGGAGGAUGAGGACAGAGAGAAGAUCCAGCAGAAGAGUACGACUGAAAAAAAGGUGGAUUAAUGAGAAAUGAAGGCCCCAGAGGAGGAAAACAAGGCCUACAAUCUCCUCACUGAGCUUCAUUAGAUUGUUUGCUUUCUUUAUUUUUAUAAUUUCCAUAAAUGUCCGCCAGAUUCAAAGUCAACUUUCACUUGUUUGUGAAAACGUCAGGACCAGUCUUGGAGCUCCACAUGUGACUGUGCUGAGUUACAGAAGCACACAGACACAAACACUGACUCUUCUAAAGUGACAGGUCUUUGUGCUUAUUAAUAAUCAUCACUGUAUUAAUGAAUCAUGUGUGGACUGCGUAGAGACGUGAUAAACGAUCAAUCUCUCACUGGAUACACUUCCUAUUCUCUUUUUUAUGUUUAGGGUGAGAAAGUGCAGUUAUUGUUGCAUCAGACUUGAUCUCUGGAGGAUUGUUUUACAUGAGAUUUGUUAUGUUAUCAAAUCAUACUGAGCGCACAUGAAUGCUUUUCUCCUGCUUGCUGCACUGAUGUGAUCUCACAGAAUGUAGAAGUCUAGUGAAGCUGUUUUAUUUCUCUGUGAAAUGAUGAAGGAAGGCUUGGGUUUUAUCAUAUGCACUGAACACAUUCACACACAGCAGCUUCAGGUUCAGGGUUUGUUUUUUAUUUUUAUUUUUUUAAGUCUCAUUCCUGGAGAAAACAUCAUUGGCGUUCCUUCUGUAGGUCCUACAUUUCACACUAAACAGCAUGUAGGCUCAGUGUAUGUGUU